GUAAUUGUGAGACCGAAGAGUUCCAAUGCAAUGAUACUAGCUGUAUAUCACAGUACUGGGUAUGUGAUGGGUAUAGUGACUGUGAGGACGGUGAAGACGAGGAUGGCUGUGACAACAGUGAAGACUUCUUUGUCUGCGAUGGAGGAAAUCGGACAAUACAUGUCAGCUGGUUAUGUGAUGAUUAUGAUGACUGUGAUGACGUAACUGAUGAAGACCCAUCAAACUGCCGAAAUUCUACUUUAACUGCAGCGACAAGUGCUCCUUUAACAUUCUAUUGUCAAACCUCGGGUGAAGAGCUGGCAUGGAAGUACGUUUGUAACAACGUUGUGGAUUGUGACGACGCAAGCGAUGAAAUUAACACAGGGUGUACAAGCGUGGUGUCCGCUAGUUACCGCCCGACAGCAGAUGAGCUUUUGUCCUUAUACUCGAGUAUCUCAGAUGACAUAACCGUGUAUUCCGAGUUCUUGGACGGUUUCUACCAAGAUCAUUUACUUGGCAGAGUUGUAAGUGAAGAUCCACCCGACUGGUAUGGGUUUAUUGCGUACAGUAACACCCCUGAUUACAGCGACUUAGAGAACGUGUUAAAACUUGACGUGAAUGAGACUGCGGGUUAUGGACAUCAACUGAGUGACCUUGUAUUGGAAUGCUCUUUUGAUGCGACCUCCUGUAACGUAACUAGGGAUUUUCAGGAAUUUUAUGAUGACAGGUAUGGCAACUGUUACCAGUUUAACCCUUUCAAUGGUAACCAGGAUGAUGAACGCUACUCAACGAAAACUGGCGCUAAUUAUGGACUAAAGAUGACACUAUUUACCGAGCAAGAUGAAUACAUCAGUGUGUACGGUCGAGAUUCUGGUGCAAGGGUUGUGAUUCAUCCACCACAUGUCCCUGCCAUUCCAUGGUCUGAGGGAAUCACAAUACCCCCGGGAAUGAUUACAUCCAUUGGAAUGAAGGAGACCAGGAUCAAGCGACAACCACAUCCUUACGGAAACUGCACUGAACAAACCGAAUUCGAAUCUAUGUACGGUACUCACUACACUCAGACAAUUUGCGAAGAAGAGUGCUUACAGGCGAAAAUGUUAGAAUUUUGUGGUUGUGUUGAUACAAUGUUGAGGGAUGAACCUCGCUGUAUGCUGCUCAAUAGGACACAGGGGAGAGCUGGUACACAACAACAACCUCCCAGUCAGUAUGGCCAUCUAAUACAUAUCUACGAACUAAAUGUUGCAUCCAACCGCAAACUACGCACACUUCGCUCAUUCAGUAGAAUAACCAUAUCUGCAUUCACACAGCUCGUCGAUCUGAAAAAAAAACAUUUACUUAAACAAAUCCACUAUAACAAUGCCAAGACAAAUGUAAUCAACGAUCUAGAAAGCGUCAGGCAAAACCUGGUACGCUUAGAAGUGUAUUUUGAAGAACUAAAUUAUGAAAGUAUCGAAGAGAUUCCAGCAAUCACGGAAGAAAACCUACUCAGUGAUAUUGGUGGAACACUUGGUCUUUAUUGUGGAUUUUCCUUUAUAACGAUAGUUGAGUUUCUUCAGUUUGGUUUUGAAUUACUCCGCGUGAUAUUUUUACGAAGUACUAAAGUUGCCCCAAGUAACGGCAGCCAUGCUUGA